GAUCGAUUUGCGCAGGCAAAAGAAAACAGCUCGGGGGAACAAAUGGGAUGGCAAUGGGGACACUCACUCACUCACUCUCUCUCUCUCCCCCUCUCACUCAGCCCGUAUAGAUGCGGUGCUGCUCGGUGUUGUCAUUGUCAUCGCAGCCCGCCGUCGUGCACAUCUGCCAGAACUCCCGUACACCUGCACACACACACACACGCACACAUACACACACACACACGCGUGUUCACUCAUUCACUCACCCAUGCCCUCAUAAAUCAGAGACGUACCUUCCACAAUCCAGUUCCGAUUCGUGUGUGCGCCGUUCCUCUCCAUCUGUCUCGGCACGCUGCUGCUCUCUCCCGCCGUGCCUGCCGGCUGCAUGCCCCAAUAGCGCGGCAUCGUCUCACCACCCGCCCUCGUCCGCGGCGUCAACACGGGUCGCACCUCACGGUGCACAUUGGCAUUGUUGGAAGCGGGUGUAUGCCAGGGGUCGGUGGGCCACAUCGGGGCAUCAGACUGAUACGCAUAGCGCACCACACGGGGCGGGCGGGACGACGGCGCAGCGUAGUAGCGGACGUAGGAAGUGGUCUGAAAGGCCUGAGGGGGCGGAUGGUACACUGUAGCGGCAAGAGGGGCGGGCGGAGGAGUGGGGGGCGGGUAGGGCGCCUGGAAGGUGGGCGGGAGAGACACGGGAGGCGACACAGCACCACCAACAGCACCAGCCACAGGGUGUGCGAAUCGGGGAGUCGACGCAUAGUGUGCUGCAGGGGCAGGGAGGGGAGUCAUCGCCCGCGGCGGGGGGGACGGGGGCGGCAGGUUGUUGUUAUUGUUGUUGUAGUUGUUGUUGUUGGAGGCACUGGCAGCUGGGCCGGCCGUGACCAUCCUGACAAGAAGCGUCGAUCGGGAAGGCGCCACGCUCGAGCCCUCGGGACGGUCACGAGCAGACCAACCACGCCUGACACAAGAGAGCCCGGCCGGCAUUGGUCAUUUUGCCACCUCCCUUCUGCCCUCAUGUCUCUCUCCCCGUACCUACCUGGAUUGCUGGUCCUCCUCGUGCAGCCUUGGUUGCUGGUCGGGAGGGCUACCAAACCCACGGCCCACCGGCCCGCCAUUCCCAUUCUGGCGCGGUGAGUCCUUGCCCCCUCUCGUGACCACGCGGAUCUUGACGCCCAGCGAUCCGUUCUCUCUGCGAUACACAGUGCCGUUGCCGAUCGACCCUCGGGGAGAGUAGUCGCCUGCACCACGUCGGCCGGCGAGACACAUGUAUAAGAAUAUGAAGCCGUCCCUUUUCUUCGGUGAGUGAGUGAAGUUUGUGAGUUCCGUACUUCCUUCUUGGUUGAGGCUCCCGUGGUUGAAGCUGCCGUGGUUGACGCUCCUGCUGGCGGGGCUGAUGGAUGUCUCUUCUCGGUUGACCUGCGGCGGGCUGUUCCGCUGGUACUGGUCUUGCACGAGCCGGAGGGCCAUCGUCAUGUCGCCCUCGGCGGCCCGGACGGCACGCUGCACUAUGAUCGGGUCAAGGGUGGGGAAGGCUUGCAAGACCACACGGAAACACGCAUUCUCAAUCUCUGACAAAUGAAUGAACACCAGACAGUUCAGGUGAGUGUGCGUCUUGUGUCUCCUGUGUCUGUCUUAUGCUGACCAUCUUGCUCAAACUGCUCCCUCAGAGCUUCUGCGAUGGGCAUGGAGGUCUGUUCGGGGGCGGGUGGGCCAGCAAUGGCCGGCAAGGGGCUGCGACGGCCGGUGUUCAGCAGCUGCUCGGGACGCCGUGCGCGACGACCAAGCCUGACCACCCACAGACAGACCAAGCGACAUGUCUUUCUUUCUUUCUACGGCAGCGUACGUGCGUACCUCUCCUGCAUCUGUCUGACGAUCCCAUGGGCCCCAUCGCUGGUCUCGCGGAUGCGCCUCAUAUAGACUUCAAAGUGCUCACCCGUCCACUCCCCGGCGAAGCUCUCCGCCUGGACCAACUUGCCAGCCUCGAGCAACUCCCAGCCCCCGGACACCCCCUCACGCCGCGGCUCCGUCAGCCCAUCACCCCACUGCUCCUCGUCUGCCACUGCCGCCAUCUCGCGUCUCCUCUCGGUGAAAUCGUCUUCUUCGUAUUCGUGGUCGUCUUCCUGACCCUCUGUGUCGGCCUCCCGGUCUCUGUCUCUGUCUUGAAUAAUCAAGGGGUCUCUCAACGGCGGGGGGGCUGAUGGGGCAGAAGGGCCGUCCUCGCUGCUGUCGGUCAUGAAGGCAGGAUAGGCGUGAAUGUCGGGCUGCCGCGGGAUGUACUUGGGGAUGCGCGGCAUCUCCCACGCCUCCUCCUUCGGCCGUGACACCUCUGGAGCGUUGUCAUGGUAUCCUGCAGCCGAGUCACCUGCCUCAGCGGCCGCUGCUGCUGCUGCUGCUGGGGACGGCAGGGGCAGGGCAGGGAUGCGGGGCGAAGAGAGGCAGCUGAACGGGGGCGAGGGACAUGGCCGCGGCUGGCGGGAAGGGCGGUAGAUCUGCACAUCCAGGUCGGUGACGCGGGAGGACCCGUUGGGAAUGCUCCUGGGCGGCGACCGCAGGUGGACCUCAACAGUUGGCAUGGACGGCCCACGCUUGACUGUGUUGAUCCCCUGUUCCUUGCACGCCACCUCCGUCUGGGUCUCCAUUGCACAGAGAGGUGCGGCCUGAUCGCCGACGGCAGCAUCCGCAAUGACAGGGCUGGCCUGGGUGUCCUUGUGGAAGGCUGGCGGCGGGGGGAGUGGGUCAGUGGUGCUGUGGCGGAGAGAGAAGACGCUCGCGCCGGUUUGCUGCGAGAAGGGUUCGGUCGACGGAACAGCAGCAACCUGAAAGCGAUCAAAGUCAUACAAGCGUCAAUUUACCCGUGAAUGUCCCUCCCUCUCUCUCUCUCAGUCCUGCUGGCUCACCUGUUUGGUGGCUGUCGCCACCAGGCCGCGUGUGUCGACGCCGCCCUCCCGCGUCUGCGCGUUGACGGUGGCCACGCCCGUCGCCCUCACGGCAGCCUUGUCGGUGUUGACUCCCCCCUCCAUCACAUGUGGCUGGACCUGCACACCGCUUGCCUUGCCGUGCGGGUUCGCCUGGGUUGCCACGCAGUGCCGAUCGGGCCGUGCCUCUACCGACUUCUGACACAUGUGCGGUUUCUGCUCCUUCUCCGUAACCACUGCCGUCUCUUUGGUAUCGACGAGACUUUGCACUCCCUGGUGCACCAGCAGGGGCGCGGGGGCGGGGGGAGGGGGGGCCAUUUCCACCGCAAUCGACUUGGUCACUGGUCGCAUCUCUGUUGCGAUGGAGGUCAUCUCGGGUGCGGCCAUGGUUGUCCCAUCUCUCAUCGCAGUUGAGGCCUGGACGCCCCCCUCUUGCACGGUGCUGACGGCCAUCACUCCCGCCUCGUGUGUGGGUGGAGGGGGCGGGGGCACUGCCUGGACGCUCUUCUCCUCCCCCCAUGGCAGAGCGGUCGUGUCGGUCGAUGUGGUCUUGAAACGGGGGGCUGCGAUGGGGUCGGUUGCCGUGUCUUUCGUCUUGAGCAGGUGGGCCGUGUCGGUGGACUUGGCGCGUACAGACGGGCUGGCUUGGGUGGUGCUGCUGUGGAGGGACGCUUUGGCCGUGUUGGUGCCAAUGGUGGACUGGAAGAGCCCUGUGUAAGUGUCGGUGGUCUUCUCGGCCAGGGAGACCAGGCCCGUUGUCAUCGUGUCAACCGUCUGCUGCACCAGCCGCUCCGUCCCGACAGACUUCUCCCCCCUGCUGGUGGCCUCAGUGCUGACUGCGAUCGAAGAGGUGUAUCUGCUGUCCUGUGUGCCCAUAUCGGCCAUCUGCUUGGUUGCCGAGACGCCCUGCUCCAUAGUAGUGGGGGGCACCGGCAGGAGGUCGGCCAUGAUGGCCGUGCUGGUGAUGUCCUUGCUGUCCGUCAUGGUGCUCAUCGACGCCAGCUGCUGGGGAAGCGUGUUGAUGCCCGCCUCGCAGAUUGGCACGUUGGUGCCGUCAGACGCGUCGCUGAGGGAUGGCUUGUCCGUCGAUGUGCCGUAAGACCGCACCUCCACGUCGGUCGAGACAAACACGGAGGCCUUGGCCACUUCCAGUGUCUCGGUGGUGGCGUGCUUGAGCGACGGGCCGUCAGUCAUUGUGCCCAUCGGCAUCGACAAGGGCAGCACGGGAGACACCCCUGCGUCGACUGUGUGGAGGAUAGCGCGGUCACCCACGGCCGUGUCCUUCAUCUCGGGGUGGUAAGUUCUCAGCAUGAGGUCGUGAUGCAGCUCCGUCACGGUGAUGUCCGUGUUGCAAUCCGCCUCAGAGCAAUCCUUCGUGGCCGUGUUGACAGCAACUGUCGACGCGCCCACUUGGGUAAAUGCGGCGGCAUCAACCAUAGCCACAUACGCCCCAACGCCCCUCUCCUGGCUGGCCAGCGGCAGGGGCACCUCUCCACCACAGGAAAUGUCGGUCAGCUGGGGGGCAGACUGCACGCACUGGUCGCUCAUGGCAGCGGUUGAUCGGGUCAUGUCUUGCACGGGCAGGGCGGUGCUGCUGAAGGUCCUCAGGAAGCUGCUUGUGUAGCUCGUCUGCGAGGCCGCAUUGGCCAGAGGAGCGCCCGCCUGCACGCCCGCCUCCUCGCGAACACCCACAGGGGCACCUUUGCUGCUGGGCGGUGGGGCGGCCGAGGGCUUGUCCUUCUUCCCCUCAGUGACCCCCCCGUCCCUCUGGCGCUUGUCUUGGGGCAGUGGGGGAGGCGGGGCUGCAGUGGGCUGGAUGUCACGGAUGACAAUGGUGGGCUGGUUGGCGAGCACUGGGCGGGCUGGCGAGGAGCCAUUGGCAGCAGAGAGGCCCGUGUCUUGGUAAGCCAGAGAGGGGCUCGGUCUGCCGGCAGAGGGCCCCGGCCCCUCGCCGCCUGCAUCGACAGCCCUGCUUCCACCAAAGGAGGACAGACACAAAGAGAGACGUGACAUCAGAUACGAAUCUUCUUGAGACACCUGUACCUGUGUUCCGCCUCUUCGCAUUCGGGAUCCUGACCCUCCCUCGUGGCAAGCUCCCCCCUCACCGACAUGGCCCGCGAUGCGUACGAGACAAAGGCAGCGGCGUCCGAUCGUGCCGGCGUGUGCCAGCCAUGCGAGCCUCCCGUUCCGUCGUCACCCAAGCGAAAAAACGCCCUCCCCAAGUCCGACGACGUGGUCGCAUCGCCUCGGGCUUCGGCCCUUCUGGGCGGUUCUGCCUGCGGUCCGCUGGCGACGGGCUCUUCCUCUUGCCGGAUGCUCGUGGGACCUUGGUCGGCAGCUGCAGCAGCAGCAGCGGCAGCGGCAUUGCCUGCCGUCUCGCGCUCGCCGUUGCCGUUGUUGCCAUUGGCAGCAUCUGCUGCGGCCUCUUCGCGGCUUCUGGAGCGGGAAGGGAGGAACGCAGCAGCCCACAUGACGGUUCAAGGGACUUUGAAUGUCUCUACUAGCU